AUGGCAGAGGCCACUCGAAUUCGCUUCAUCGCGCAAAAACGCACCGCGAUAAAAAAACAAAUAACGACGCUAAAAAAUAUAUUUGAGCAAAAGAAACUAGACAAUAACGCCUUAGAAUUGCGUAUGAACAGAUUGACUGAGUUAUUCAAUUCUUACGAAACUUUGAAUGAAGAAUUAGACACUUUGUGCCCUGAUCAGGAUAAUAUCGCAGAAUUCACGGAGAUCAUGACAAAUUUUUACUCCCUUGCUGGUAACAUUAAAGAACAUCUUAAACCCCCAACUACUAGUAGCGCCGACGAUCAGUCUGUUGUUGCGAGUGUUUCGUCACUCAAUAAUGUCAAUAGUCAUAAAAAUAUAAACACAAAAUUGCCUAAGACCUCGAUGCCGGUAUUUGAUGGCAGUUAUGAAAACUGGAUAUCCUUUCAAGACGAAUUUAAAGCAAUAAUCGAAUCACAUUCCGAAUUGACAGAUGCCACUAAAUUUCAAUACCUAAAAAAGUCGUUAACUAGUGACGCAGCGAAUAAAAUUAAGGGUCUCGCAAUUAGUGAUCAAAAUUAUGAAAAGGCGUGGAAUAUUUUAACGCGUGCUUAUGGAGUCAAACAUCUGCUAAUUUCGCGAUAUUACAAUUUAUUACUCCAACUGCCCGUUCAAGAAAGAGAAACCGCGAAAGGUCUGGAAAAACUCGCAGAUGAUGCAUCUCAGCACGUUAUCGGGUUAGAAUCGCUCGGCGAAAAUGUAAGCUCCGGCAUGCUUGUUGCGAUUCUCGAAAGCAAGUUGCCAAAAAAUACGAUGCAGGAAUGGGAAAAAACGCUUGACAGGGAAACCGUGCCUACCAUCGAUGAUUUAUACGUCUUUUUAUAUAAAACGGCAGCGCGUCUUUCUAAGCGUCCGAUUUCAAGUUCUUCUGGCUAUAAUAAACACGAAAAGAGUUUUCCUCCCUUCAAAAAACCACGAUUCGAUAGCAAUCGGGAAGCUCGCAAACAAAUAACAUUUGCAACAACCACCGUGAUGAACUGCAUGGUCUGUCGAAGUGGAGAACAUCCGCUAUACAGAUGCAGCGCGUUCAAAGCAUUACCGGUUAAAGAGAGAAUAAACGUCGUCAAAAGAGCAAACUUAUGUUUUAAUUGUAUGCGCUCACAUCGAGGAAAACCAUGCAAAAUGACUGGUUGUUUACUAUGCGUCGUGGCAGCCUCCGAUGAGCUCAAUUGUCAUUCGACCACGGCUGACAAUCCGAGCCCUCAACUGUUAGCGAGUGCUAUUAUUCUAGUUGAAGAUCGCGAUCGCAAACUCAUACGAUGUAGAGUAUUACUAGAUACCUGUUCCACAGCUAAUUUCGUAACUGAAAGUUUCGCAAAACGUCUACGAAUCAAAAAGCAGCCCUGCUCCAUUCCAGUGGCUGCCUUAAACUCCGUAAACACUUUGACAAAAAAUACAGUACAAUUGAGUUUUCGAUCCACUAGAAACGAACACCAAAAAACACUCACAUUUUUGACUAUUCCGAAAAUAUCGAAUUUAUUGCCAUCCGAAAUGUUCCCUCGCGAAUCAAUAAAAAUACCAGCCAACGUACCACUGGCUGAUCCAGAAUUUCAUAUUCCACGCCCAAUCGAUAUGCUUAUAGGAGCCGGCCCGACAUUCUCUUUAUUCGCGAUCGGACAAAUAAAUUUAUCGAGUCACGGGAACGAUCUAUAUUUACAAAAAACUCGCCUCGGAUGGGUGAUAGCAGGUAACGCACCGAUGAAACAGAGCUCGAAGGAACCAGCAUGCCAUUUUACGCAGUUGGAGACGCAGGUAGCAAAAUUUUGGUUAACGGAGGAAGUUACGAAGGAAAAACCGAGGUCAAAAGAAGACAAAAAGUGUGAGGUGCAUUUCAUUGAGAACGUCACGAGAGCUGAGACAGGACGUUAUACCGUACGUUUGCCCUUCCGAGAAAGCAAAAAAGGAUUCGGAGAUUCUUACGUUUCUGCUUUAAAACGUUUCUUAGCUUUAGAACGAAAACUUAACAUUAGCUCGGAAUUAAAGGAUGAAUAUUCUAAAGCUAUUGAUACUUAUAUCAAUGCAGGGUACAUGUCACCAGUCGAUAAACCACAUGAUGACGGAUUUUAUUUGCCUCAUCAUGCGGUAAUCAAGACAUCAAGUACCACGACUAAAGUUCGAAUUGUCUUUGAUGCUUCUGCAAAAGGCAGCAGCGGAGUUGCACUCAACGAUUUGCUUAUGCCAGGGCCCACCAUACAGGAAAAAUUAUUUGCACAUUUAAUCAGAUUCCGGUUUCCUAGAUACGCGUUAACAGCUGACAUUGAAAAAAUGUAUUUGCAGGUAUCGUUACACAAAGAUGACCGUAAAUAUCAAUAUGUUAUUUGGCGUGAAAACGGUGAAAUCGAGACAUUUCAAUUAAAUACAGUCACCUUUGGCGUGACAUCUUCUGCAUUUUUAGCCAUUCGGACAUUACAUAAAUUAGCAGAUGAUGAGAAGGAGAGAUAUCCGAGAGCCGCGGAAGAGUUGAAAGAAAAUUUAUAUGUCGAUGAUUUCAUGAGCGGUGCAGAAGAAAUAGAAAGGGCUAGAAUGAUCCGUGAUAAAAUGAUAGAUGUGUUGAAACUUGGAGGUUUCAACAUACGACAAUGGGCGUCUAACUCAGAACAAGUGCUUGAAGGUUUAGAUGAAGAGAAUAUAAAUAAAAAAUUCCUGCUAGAUAAAAAUUGCGCAUUAAAAACACUCGGAGUCUCGUGGCAUGCUAAAGAAGAUAAAAUUUUCUACUCCGUCGAGCCCAUCGGUAUAAGCGCCAAACUAACUAAAAGAAACAUACUAUCUGAGAUCGCAAAAAUAUUUGAUCCAUUGGGACUUUUAGGGCCAGUUAUACUUCAAGCCAAGAAAAUAAUGCAGUCGUUGUGGCAAUGCAAAGUCGAAUGGGAUGAGUCUGUACCGGCAGAUUUACAUACAGCUUGGUCAAAUUUCGUAUCUCAGCUAACUACUUUGAACAAUUUAUCAUUUGAGCGGCGUUUUGUAAUAAAUAAUCAACGUAGAACACAGAUUUUGGGUUUUUGCGAUGCAAGUGAAAUUGGAUACGGAGCCUGCAUGUACGUUCGAUCGCUCGACGCCGACGGCAAUAUUAUUUGUCGUUUAUUAUGUGCGAAAUCCCGAGUCGCACCGAUUAAAACGGUUUCCAUUCCGCGAUUAGAACUUUGUGGGACGCUGAUUCUAUCGCGACUGUAUAAAGAAGUAAGUGAUGCUCUGGAAUUCGCCCCCAGCGAAGUAUUUUUUUGGAGUGACUCGACAAUAGUUUUACAUUGGUUGAGAACGUCACCAAAUUUAUUACACACAUAUGUGGCUAAUAGAAUCGCCGAGAUUCAAGAAAAUACGGAUGUUGAGGACUGGCGGCAUGUUAGAUCAGAAGAUAACCCUGCAGACGCACUCUCUCGAGGUCAAUCACCUAGUGAGUUUCUGCGUAAUGAUUUAUGGCGCUCGGGACCCUCGUGGGUCCGAAAGGACCAGAGCAUGUGGCCAUCGGGAAAAGACUACCUGAAGGCACAAACGAAACAGGCUUGCUUCGUGUUGGCGGUCGCGUCGAAAAUGCUGACGUAUCGUAUGAUGAAAAACAUCCUAUUUUUCUUCCAAGUCGCAAUUUUUUCACCGACAUGA